AUGUAGAGCAGAUUCAAACUAAACUAUACAAUAUCACACAGUAGCUCUAUUAACGACAGAAACUUUGGUUAAAACACCUGAAAUAAAAGAUUAAAAGUCAGAGAAAAUGCCAGCAAAAGAAUCCGAUGUCAAGGUAGCUUCGGCUGAUGAAAUUUCUACGGCGAAAGGUGCGAUCAAACGCGGAUUAAUUCUGCUUGUUGUGCUAUUUACGAUCGGAUAUACAUUCACACCAACGAAACAUAUCAAGCUAGAUACCACGUCGGAUCGGCUGAUAUUUACGCUUCAAUGGCAAGCCCUGUCUGUGUUGACACUGCUAUUUGCACUGAGAGGUGUCGCACAAAAGCGCUAUGGAACUAAGGCUAUGGACCCACUCAACGGAAACAACGAGAAUGCUGUUAAAUUCGAGGCAAGAUUUCUACAGAAUACUCUAGAGCAGCUUAUCCUGAGCGUGUUUGGCCAGCUGGUGUUGUGUACCCAUCUAACUGAAGCCACGCCCCGUGUGAUUCCCGUCCUUGUGUGCCUGUUUGUGAUUGGACGAGCAAUAUUCUGGAUGUAUUAUAAGAAAGCGCCGCUGAAGAGGGCUACUGGAUUUUUGCUCACAUUUAUUCCGAGUAUGCUCAUUAAUGUUUUAAAUGUAGUGUUUUUAGUUAUGAAUUUGAUUGGAUAUAUGUAAAUGUUCAUCUGGACUUGCACAUUGAUUGUAGCUGAACUGAACGAAU